ACUUUAACUUUUGGUUUUGGAUAUAGAGUUUUUGCCUUCUGAGCUUCGAGACAAUUCCUGAUUGAUUUUAUUUACUCCCCAUUUUUUUCGUCUGCCUGUUUAUUUCUGGGAAAUUUCUGUACAUAAGGAAUUGAGAGUUUGAGACCCCCCUUGCUCUUUCCCCAGUUUAGAAUUUUCCGAAGUUUUCUUCUUCUUCAUCGAGAUUUCUACUGAAGUUUGCAAGGUGUUUGAUGUUAGGAUUUUCUCUGGGUCCAAGAGAAGAUACCAUCACGAUGGCUUUGAAGGUUUCUCUUGUUCUGGUUCUAAUUGUAAUGUGUUCCUGCGCUGUGGAUGCGAUUUCUGGGAAUAACAACCAGAACUGUCUCAACAAAAAUGGCUCUUCUCUCGCUGCCAUCAAAAUGCCUGAUCAUCCAAACAUCAAUACUGUGUCUUCUUCUGCAGAUAGUGACUGUAGCUUCUCAAACUCCGAGAAAUUUGAGCAUUCAGGAGUAACCACAUCAGAUGAAGAUGCUGAUGACAGUUAUGUAGCAAAACGACUCAAGCAAUUGCUAAAGCUCAAUCUGAAACGCCGACCGGUGAUGGUGAAUGAAGAUGCUGAACCAAGAAAAUCUAUGAUUGAUUUCACAGUUCGGGAUUUAACCAGAAUCCAGACCCUUCAUAGAAGGGUCAUAGAGAAGAAGAAUCAAAACACUGUUUCAAGGCUGCAGAAAAUACAGCCCAAAUCAAAGCACCAACUGUAUGAGCAGGUUGUUACUCCGGCACCGGCACCGGCACCGGCACCGGCAUAUUUUGCAAAUGAGCAUCCAGGCCGGCUUGUGGCAACAUUGGAAUCAGGGGCCAGUUUUGGGUCUGGAGAGUACUUCAUGGAUGUGUUUGUGGGCACACCUCCUAAGCAUUUCUCUUUGAUACUUGAUACGGGUAGCGAUCUUAAUUGGAUUCAAUGCGUUCCUUGUUAUGUUUGUUUUGAGCAAAGUGGACCUCACUAUGAUCCUAAAGAUUCCAGUUCCUUCAAGAACAUAAGCUGCCAUGAUCAACGGUGCCAAUUAGUGUCAUCCCCAGAUCCACCUCAGGCUUGCAAGGCUGAGAACCAGACCUGCCCUUACUUCUACUGGUAUGGAGAUAGCUCCAAUACAACUGGGGAUUUUGCACUUGAGACUUUUACAGUUAAUCUCACAGCAUCUUCAGGGAAGUCUGAGUUCAGGCGUGUGGAGGAUGUAAUGUUUGGCUGUGGACAUUGGAAUAGAGGUCUCUUCCAUGGAGCUGCGGGUUUGCUAGGAUUAGGAAGAGGGCCAUUGUCAUUUGCUUCUCAGCUUCAAUCUCUUUAUGGCCACUCCUUUUCCUAUUGUCUUGUGGAUAGAAACAGUAACAUUAGCAGCAAACUGAUAUUUGGAGAAGACAAGAAACUUCUCAGAAACCCAAACUUGAAUUUCACUUCAUUUGUGGGUGGGAAAGAAAACCCAGUUGAUACAUUUUACUAUGUGCAGAUCAAAUCUGUCAUUGUCGGUGGUGAAGUACUGAAUAUACCAAAGGAAACUUGGCUUGCAUCUGCAGGUGGUGGUGGAGGAACCAUCAUUGAUUCUGGCACUACUCUGACUUAUUUUGCAGAGCCUGCUUAUGAGAUCAUCAAAGAGGCUUUCAUGAAGAAGAUCAAGGGCUACCUUAUGAUUGAAGAUGGCCAUCUUCCAUUAAAGCCAUGUUAUAAUGUUUCUGGGUUUGAAGCUAUUGAGCUACCUAAUUUUGGGAUCAUGUUUGCAGACGGAGCUGUUUGGGAUUUCCCAGCGGAAAAUUACUUCAUUGAGAUUGAACCAGGUAGUGUUGUUUGUUUGGCAAUUCUGGGCACUCCUCAUUCAGCUCUCUCCAUAAUUGGAAACUAUCAGCAGCAGAACUUUCACAUCCUCUACGAUCUCAAGAAUUCCAGACUCGGAUAUGCACCAGUCAAUUGCGCUGAUUCUUAUGCACUGUUCUUUUGCUUCUUCCCCUUUCGUCCAUCGUCUCAAAUGGUUUCUUUCAGGUUUCACCAGUACCAGGUGGUGGGAAGGGCCCUUCCCACUGAGACAGAUGAGCACCCCAAGAUCUACCGUAUGAAGCUUUGGGCCACCAAUGAGGUCCGUGCGAAGUCCAAGUUCUGGUAUUUCUUGAGAAAGCUGAAGAAGGUUAAGAAAAGCAAUGGGCAAGUGCUAGCCAUUAACGAGAUUUUUGAGAAGAACCCUACCAAGAUUAAGAACUACGGUAUUUGGCUGCGUUAUCAAAGUCGAACUGGUUAUCAUAACAUGUACAAGGAAUACCGAGAUACCACUCUUAAUGGUGCCGUUGAACAGAUGUACAAUGAAAUGGCAUCACGUCACCGGGUGAGGUUUCCAUGCAUCCAGAUCAUCAAGACAGCCACCAUCCCUGCAAAGCUGUGCAAAAGAGAGAGCACCAAGCAGUUCCACAAUUCUAAAAUUAAGUUCCCAUUGGUGUUCAGGAAGGUCAGGCCACCAAGUAGGAAGCUGAAGACAACUUACAAGGCAUCAAGGCCCAACUUGUUUAUGUGAUUCUGAUAAUCACACUCCUUGCUUAUCAUUUCGAAUCUGUUUGAUUUAUUAAGAGACUUUGGAAGAGCUAGAGAAGCUAAUCGUGCUUAAACUGCAUAGUUUCUGGUUGAGUAUUUUAGUUUUGGAGAGUUGAUUUCACAUGUGGCUGGUUCGCUUCAAUUUGUUCUUGGCCGGUUUUGAAUUUGGUGACAAAUUUUGGCUUGCUUUGAGUUUUA